AUCUUUGUAAUUUAAAAAUUGAAGUUUGAAUUAGAGUAAAAGUGUUCUGUGAAGUGUGAGUUGAGUUUAAACUUUUAAAUUUGGUGGAAAGAAUUACUAUUUCCUAUACUUUAAUGUUUUAAAUAUACAUUAUACAUAGACCGUAUUAAGAUAAUAUAUUUAAUUUAAAACCUAUUAAUAAUAAUAAAAAAAAUAAUGUAUAUAGGUAUUUAGUUUGUAAUUUUUGUGUAAUAAAAUAAAAUUUAUGGUAUAUUAGUGAUGAAUUUAAUUAAUUCAAUGUUUACGUGUUUAUAUUAAUUUUUAAGAUAACAGUUUGUUUACUUUAAAAAAACAUAUAACAUUAAUCAUAAUGUUUGAGUCUGAUGACUACGAUCAGGUUUUGUCCCAACUAGAAAUUCCAGAAUUAAACCCUAUAUCUAAACAUAUAUCCCUGAUACCAAAUAAAUCUGCAUCUAUUAAUAAUCUAUCCAUAAUUGAAAAUUUUGAACCGCCAGUAACGAUUUGUAGAAAUAAUGAUAAUUCUGUACAAAAAUCAGAUGUUCUUGACUGUAAAAAAAUACCUUCUCCAAAAUAUACGAAAAGAAAAAUGUUAAACACUCAUUUUAAUCAGAAGAACAAGAGAAAGUUCCCUGGUCCGGCUGGUUUAUUGGAGGGAACUUGUGAUGAUACAAUAUGUGAAAUGGAAAUAUUGUCUCAGGAUAUAAACACAUCACAGGUCUCAAACUAUCAAACAGGUGUAUUUGAAACUCCACUAUGGGUUAGACUGUUAGAAGAUAUACAUAAGUUAAGCAAUAUUGACACAAUAAAAUCUAUUAAGCAACAGGCUCUUGAAGGUAAUCUAAGAAUGAGGAAAGCGGAAGUUGUCUGUGGUCUUGUUGAAAGUAUUGAUAGAUCUGCUGUGGAUCCUCUCAUCACACUGCGGGAUACUACAGGGCAGAUAAAAUGUACACUUCACAGAGAUGCAUGGACAUCCUUCUCAGCAUACAUAGUAUCUGAAUACUGUGCUUUUGUGUUAUACAAACCUACAGUUCUCACAACUGGCAGUGCUGUCAAGAAACAUUACCUCAACAUAACUAUUAGAAAUAUUCUACAUAUUUAUAGUUCAACGGUUUUAAAUGAUGCUGAUCAAGAUUUUCCCAAUGGAUUUGUCAAGCAAAUAAAUAAAGACAUGACUAUUAUAAGUUCUCAGGAGCCAACAUCAGGCUUUUACAUAUCACCUAAUAAUGAAGAGAUUGGUGCUGAUCUUUUGGAGGGACUGGAGGGUGCUUUUACUGAGGAAAUGUUUUAGGUUUAAUAAUAUAUCUACCCAGUGAAGAAGAUAUUAAUCUGUGAUUUUUUUGAGACUUAUUAAUAUUAAAAAAUUUUAAAAGUGCUUAUAAAAUUUUUCCCGUUUUAUCUCCCAAUAC